UUCCCGCACGCAAGCACGCUCGCACGAUGUUCACCAUGUCCACCUCGAUGACGGCGCUCAGGGCGCGCGUCGCGACCAAGUCCGCGCAGGGACGCAAGACGCAGGCGAAGAGCUUCGCGGUGCGCGCCGCGAAGGAGGAGGGCGAAACUCAAGGCGCGUCCUUCGCGCGGGCCGCGUUCUCGGCGGCGCUCGCGUUGACGCUCUCCGCGACGUCGGUCGAACCGUCGUUCGCGACGUCCACGACGUCCCCGGCGGCGCGACGAUCGGGCAAGCGCUCGGCCGCGGCGGUGUCCCCGAAGACGGCGAAGCCGGCUCCGGCGGCGGCCCCGGGGGUGAAGGCUAAGAAGGCCACCGCGUACAAGGCGAAGAAGACCACCCCGGUUGCGACGACCAAGAAGCGCACGACGAAGCGCGUUCGCUCCAAGACGAGCACCGCCGCCGCCCCGGCCGCGCGCAAGACCGUCAAGCGCACCGUCAAGUCCGCGCGCAAGCCGGUCAAGACCGUUCGCAAGUCCUCCAAGACUGCCCCCGUCGCGGCGAAGAAGUCCAAGACGACUUCCCCGGCGCAACGCAGAAAGUAAGCUAUACGCGUGUGAUCUCUCAAUUGCGCGCUGUCGAUAUUUGAUCGCGCGUGCAUAAAUGGCAAAUGUGGCUCUGAAUUCUCUCGACUCGCCGGGGCGCUAGCGCCCGCGGCGCCUCGUCGACUGGCGAACUCGAGAGUACUUUCUCAAUACGCAUUCUGUCCAUAUCCUCU